AUGUCGUCAAGCAUCGGAGAGAAAUGCACAAAGAUCAAGCAGGAGUACGACAGCUGCUUCAACACAUGGUACUCUGAGAAGUUCCUCAAGGGCGACGUAACACCCAUGUGCGAUGAACUCUUUUUCAAGUACAAGGAUUGCCUCUUGAAAACGCUGGAAGAAAAGAAACUGGAUACAUUGCUGGCUGACGCACGGAAGGAUAAC